AGCAACUACUGUUGAGUGAAUUUGAUCAGCUUCACUACAUUCCCCGGGCCAGCACCCUCUCUGAGGAUUACUUAAGGUGUGAAGAUCAAACCAGACAUUAACGUGCGUGUAAAGUGAAGUAGAGUGUGGGACAACCACCAGCGCUGCUCCCCACGGACUUAUCUCCCCAACAGGGCGGGGGUUGGGUGUGUGUAUCUUUUUUAAGUGGUUACCAAUCAUUCACACACGCGCGCGCGCCCGCGCGCAUCCUUCUCAGCAGCAUCCUCAGAGUUUUAUAGGCAUUUCCAGUGUGAGCGAGCAACAGGUUGAGCAGCAGUGUGAAUGCGAGUAAAGCCUAACAUGCCGAGCAAAAGCCAGUUUCUGCGCCCCCGGCUCUGUACGCUGGAGAAAGGGGACAACGGCUACGGAUUCCACCUCCACGGGGAGAAGGGCAAGACGGGCCAGUUCAUUCGGUUAGUGGAGCCCGACAGCCCGGCUGAGUCCUCGGGGCUCCGCGCCGGGGACCGGCUGGUGUUCGUGAACGGGGAGGACGUGGAGAGCGAGAGCCACCAGCAGGUCGUGUCCCGGAUACGAGCCACCGUAGGCUCGCUGGAGCUCAUAGUGGUGGACCAGGACACGGAGCAGCUGCUAAAGAAACACAACUUGAAGUGCCUGAAGGAGUUCGUCUCCGAGGGUCUCCCGUUACCCUUUAAUGACGAGGAGGAGGCAGAGGAGGAGGCAGAGAAGAUGGUAGUGGUGGAGCACGAGCAGGUGGACGGGACAGAAAACGGGGAUGUAAAGCGGGAGGAGGUGGAGGAUGAAGCGGAGGUGGUGGCGGAGGAGCAGGAAGAGACACCGAGGGAGUCCACGCCGGUGCCGGAGAGUAACGGAGAAAUCCACGGACAUGUCGAGAAGAAGCUGAGCAUCAGCUCAGAGAAGGAGGUGUGCACUGAACUGCGGCCACGUCUCUGCGUGAUCCAGCGAGGCUCUAACGGAUAUGGCUUCAACCUGCACAGCGAGCGUGCGCGGCCAGGCCAGUACAUCAGAGCUGUGGAUGAAGACUCUCCAGCUGAGAGGGCAGGCCUGCAACCCAAGGACAGGAUAGUACAGGUAAACAAUGUCCCAGUGGAGGGAAAGACACAUUCAGAGGUGGUUGCUGUCAUUAAAGCCGGCGGUGGUGAGACCCGGCUGCUGGUGGUGGACCCCGACACAGACGCCUUCUUCAAGAGGUGCAGGGUGACCCCCACCUCUGAGCACCUAACUGGUCCACUGCCAGAGCCUGUCGUUAAUGGAGAAAUGGAAGAGAAGGUGAAUGGCAGAGUGGCCAGAGAGACAGAGAGAGACUCAAAGCUGUCAGUCAGUCCUUCGCCAUCCAACGCAUCAUCAAACACCUCACUCACAACCCCAACCGCAAACACUCCACCUGAGGGUAUGAUCACCGAUGCCAUCCCAGCUCUCAAUCUCAGCCUGCAGCAGGUCAAAGAGCUGGCACACCAGAAACGCUGCAACAAAAGAGCUCCACCCAUGGACUGGACCAAGAAAAAUGAACUUUUCAGCAAUCUAUAGGACAACUCACCUCACCUAAAACACACACACACACACACACACACACACAAAGAGGUGUUUUGUUUUUAUUGUUUUUUUUUUUUUUCAAAUUAUUAUUAUUAUUACACCAGAGGCCUGUUCCAGAAAGCGAGGUAAGUUACCAUGAAGUGAACCUCCAACCUGGCAGGUUCACAUAAUAAAACCCUGAGUUUCUACCUGCCUCCUCCCACCUGAAGCACACUGUUGGACCAGGGUUGUCAGUACCAACACGAUUCCAGAGAUUUCAAAGAUGAAUUAAUACAUAACGAUUUAUGCAGAGAGAGGAGAUUUUUCACAACUCUAAACUCUAAACUCAUUUUCCCAGUGAUGUGUGAUGGGUAGAAAUCUCUGUUUCAUUAGUCUAUUUAGAUAGACAGAUACCUUUUCAUAUAUGCUUCAAUAAGAACGUCUCGCGCCCAUUGGGUAAUAUAACUAACUUUUAGUCCAUGGUGAAUCCAGGAUGCUGGCUUUUUAUUGUGGUUCCUGACUCUGGGUAAAGAUACUCAGAGUUGAACCUGAAAACUCAGAGUUUCUUAGCUUAGAUUAAGUUAACCCAGACUUUCGUUUUAGACUCUGUGUUAGUUGAACCUCCUUUCUGGAAUAGGCCCCAGAUGAAGUUAAAGCUGUUGUAUAAAAUAUAGUAUUAUUCCUGUUAUUAACCCAUAUGAUAUUAUAUUCCAUCAUAUAUAAUAUUCUACUAACCACAAAGAUGCAAAUGCCAAUGAAAGAGAAGUUGAUUAUACUGAAAUUGUGCAUAUUCAUUUGUUAAAGUGGCCAUUGUUUUAUUUUUACUGUGUGUGUUUGUGUGACCCUGGGUGUUGCCUGUGGAAACAUGAAGGUGUCAGCAGAACUUUGACCCACAAACAUGUAAAAUACUCAAGUUGUUUUCUGUCAGAUAAACCACACAAACAAUAGCCUGACAAUCAGUCCUUUUACCCCUUAUUUACAGAUUUUUGGGAUCAGACAUUUGACAGAAGACUGAGUUGAAUUCACUAAAAUGUCUUUUUGUUUUCCAUUACAUUCUUUCAUUAACCUUAAUUAUCAUAUUUUCAAAUAUAUAGUCCAAAAGAGACAUUAUAACAAAAAAUUGUUAUGUUUUCUUAAAAUAUUUUCUCACAUAAAUCUAUUUUGGGCAGUAAUCACUGGCUUUAAACUGGAAAUACUCUAUUUUAAAGUGCAUUCUUGUAUACUAUUUGUAUAUAUAAAUCAUGUAUCAUGUUCAUUUUUAAACUUUUGACUCAAAUUCCACUGAUGCCAUUCAUGUGAACGAUAUUGUGUCAUGAUUAACUUACUUUGCUCCUGUUAGCCAUCAUUGUGACUUGCUGCUCAGUUCAGUCAGUUUUAAUAAAUUCAAUUUUUUAUUGCUCCAAUAGAAAAGAAGAUAUGUGAGAUUUUUGCAUUUCUAUUGAUGUCUUACAAACAGUAAUUAUGUAUUGUUUAAAUUCAUCACAUGGAAUAGAUUUUUUUUUACAUUAAAGUAGUAUUGAGAAAAGAAAAGUGAUUUUAAAACCGAGUGUGAUUUGAAGUUUUUGUUUGUGUAAGCAAUGAGCUAUUUUAAUUCUGUAAUGCAUCAGUCAGCACAACAUUAUCUUUUCAUCUCAAAUGAAUAAAAUAUUUUCCAAUGUU